GCUCGAAGCCACCUCGUCACGGAGAACGCUUCGAGACUUCGCGCGACUCCCUCGGCGUCGUGUCGGAAACGACCACUGGUCCAGUCGUCCGUCUGGGGAUGCUCGACUUUGAUCAGUCGCGAAGGAUGGGCACAGGGGACAGAUUACUUGAUAUACCGUGUCUGGUAUGCGGUGACCGUAGCUCUGGAAAACACUACGGCAUCUACAGUUGCGACGGUUGUUCAGGAUUCUUCAAGAGGAGCAUACACAGCAAUCGAAGGUACAUCUGCAAGGUGCAGGGUGCCAUGAAAGGGCGCUGCCCCAUCGACAAGACCCACAGGAACCAAUGCCGUGCGUGCCGACUCGCCAAGUGUUUCGAGGCCAAUAUGAACAGAGACGCGGUACAACAUGAACGAGGUCCGAGAAAGCCGAAACAACCCCAACAACAAUCUCCUAUCGCGCCACCUUUGCACAAUGAUCGAUUACGAGCUGGCCUUAGCUCCCCUUAUGUUUUGUUACAUCAAAGAAAGUUCAGGUGUGACCAAAGGUUCUCGCCUUAUCCACGGCCAGUGGCACUAGUUCAGAAACCACCAGAAGAUUCUUCGUCCCCGGCACCAUUGGCUCUACCGCAUUCUCCUUCGACCACGACUUUGUAUUCAGCACCCUCGAGCGUCGCCCUAACGCCGCAACCACCCCUUCUUCAGAUACUAAUGUCUGCGGAACAGUGUCAAGAACUCGUAUGGAAUGCACCAUUACAAUCGGAAACGGAAUAUUCUUUAGAGCAAACAGAAGGUAGUCAUAAUUCUUCGGGAACUUUACCAAAUCCCAAUCCCACGCGAGAACUAUUACAGGAAACUACUGCACGUUUAUUAUUCAUGGCAGUAAGAUGGGUUUGUUGCCUACCUCUAUUCCAAUCGCUUUCGAAGAAUGAUCAAUUAUUAUUACUCGAAGGUUCUUGGACACAACUUUUUCUUCUUCAUCUAGCACAAUGGUCCAUAUCUUGGAAUAUUACCGGCUUAUUGGAGGAUGAACAGGUACGAGCAAGAUUACCCGACGAAGCUACGACGAAUCAACAAUUAAUUACAAUUCAGGAUACAAUAUGCCGUUUUAGGCAACUUUCACCAGAUAGAAGUGAAUGGGGAUGUAUGAAAGCAGUAGCAUUAUUUACUCCAGAAACAGAAGGUCUUCAUGCCACCGAAUCGAUCAAAAUGUUACAAGAUCAGGCUCAAUGUAUUUUAGGAGAUUACACAAAGUCCUGUUAUCAACGACAACCAGGUAGAAGCGGGACAUUAAUGCACGUGGUUGGUCGUUUGACGUCCAUUUUCCCAAAGUUGGUUGAACGUUUAUUUUUUCACGAAACAAUCGGCGAAAUUCCUAUUUCACGUUUACUCGUUGACAUGUACCAAAUGAAAGGGCACACAAACUGA